AUGACAAGAUUUACCUCAGUUCUUGCAAUAACUGGUCUCGCGUUUGCUUUCCUCGGCCUAAUCGCUGUCGAGGCAGUCAAUUCUCCACCAACUACUGUCGGGGGUUCUGAUUUUCCCAAGGGUCUAGUUAUUCCCGAUUCUAUUGCGGUUGAUCUCACUCAAAAUGAAUUUGCAUUUGCAUUGUACGCUGUAGCAGCACUCGAAGUUCAAUGUAAUGUGGCUAAGGGCGCCUGGGAUUUUAUUGGACCAGUUGGAAUCCUUGUUAACGAUCCCGACGACUUUAAACGUGUCUUUGAUGAUCCUACCUUCGUCACCGCGGUAUCAGUAGACGCUGAUCCCGGUCUUACCGUACAAGCCGCAGGGUUCAGAGCAGUAAUACCCACUGAUACUUCGUCGACCCUCUUUGUGGCUAAUGGAACUGCGCCCGCACCAAAUCCUGAUGCCGAUGGUCCCUGGCUUAGAUCUAAAGCUUUUAAUAACACCGGAAGCGGCGCUUUCUCCAGUGUGACCUAUCUUCAAAGAGUCCAAACUAAAGGAGCAAUUCCACCAGCAGCUAGUCUAUUUCGUGAUACAUCGACGGCCCUUUCUGUGAUCAAAGAGACUGCACCCGCAUCAAACCCUUCCAUUGAAAAUGAUUGA